AUGGCGUCCCGGCUAAUCCCGCCCUCUGUGCUCUCGCUGGUCCGGCGCAGGCGGAGGCGGUACCUGACUGAAGUACCUCACUGCAGCCGUGCAGCGCCGCAGCGCCGCCGUAGAGAGGUAAACGACGUAACACGGCUGGGACAGAGCUUCCACGUUCCCGCCCAAGUUAACCGCACCUCGCCCCCAGAGCACCGACCCGACCGACCUCAUCGAACCUGGUCUACGCCAUCUCCAAACCCCAUCACUUCUACCACCACCACCACAAAACACAACAUCACCAACGCGCAAGCCGACCGAGCUGCCUCCCCUCCUCAUUUCCACACACGGCGUCCAAUUUCGACCGGGUCGCCUUCCAUUACUCCCGCCGACAGAGCAACCAUCCUCCCUCUUUAA